AUGUUUUUUUGGUUAAUUAGUUAUUGCAUAGAUCACGACGUUUGGUACGAAGAUUACCUUCUAAGAGAAAGCUUUCCGAUAGAAGAAGAGGAGACACCUCCCGAUUUUGUUGAGACGCUCUUUCUUGCCAAUCUCUCUCCCCAAACUAAAAUAUCACAUAUCAUCAGCUUUUUCGAAGAUGUUGAAGUUGAAGUCGUUAGUGUUCGACUUAUUGUAAACCCCGAGGGUAAGCAUGUGGGCUAUGGCUUUGUUGAGUUUGCUUAUGCUUACGAAGCAAAGAAGGCGCUGAAAAAGAAAAAUGGCAGAUAUUUGCAUGAUCGUAAGAUUUCCCUUCACUUGGCUAAGAUAGCUCCAUACUCUCCACGACCCAAGUACAACCUUGUAGAGAAGCUCUGGUAUGAAGACUACCUUCGACAAGAAAGCCUCCUGAUAGAAGAAGAUGAGGCAGUGGAAGGACUUGAUGAAACUCCCAAUUUUGUUGAGGAAGUUGCCGUAAGAAAAAGGACACUCUUUAUUUCAAAUCUCUCUUUAAAAACUAAAAUACCAGACAUCAUCAAUUUCUUUGGAGAUGUUGGAGAAGUUUUAAGUGUUCGACUUAUAGUAAACAGCUGGGGUAAGCGUGUGGGCUGUGGCUUUGUUGAGUUUGCCUCUGCUAACAAAGCAAAGGAGGCGCUGCAAAAGAAGAACGGAGGAAAAUUGCAGCGUCACUAUAUUUCUCUUGAUGUGGCUGAGAUAGCUCCAUACCCUCUCCGACCCAAGAACGAAGACUGCCUUCGACGAGAAAGCCUUAUGAUAGAAGAAGCUGAUUGGCAGACAAAACCUAAUAGGAAAAUGAAGCUCUAUGGGGUUCAUAAGAAGAGAAUGUUUUUCACUCCCUUAAGCCGUUGCUCUUUGAUUGUUGUCAUGAAAGCAUAA